GAAACGCCGCCAUUUGCGCUGGUCUGCGAUGUACUCGCGCAACCCGAGCCUGUUCUUCUCAGACCUUCCGGCGGGUGCGUCUCUACGCGCUAAGAUCUGUGUGGCAUAUGCUGACUGUGCAGGCCUCACGUCGGCUCAAGACAACGACGUCGUAUGUACCCAAUUCAUUGGUAUCUCUACAGUGUAGGUAGGGGGAGCGCGACGCGACACCGCAUGCGCUACCGUCGUCCAAGCUGCGUAUUGCCAAGCUCAUCAAAGCGCAGCAAGGCCCGUGGAAGCGGCCAGAGCGGCUUGAGCACGACGAUGCUCCACCGCCGUCGUUUCCAACCCUUGCUGAGCUCGCAGCGCGGAAGAAGCAACCGCCGAGCAUCGAGACACACACGUUGGCCGCCAAGCGCAGAGUGUACGGCCUCGGUCCCAAGCUAGCGCUCAAGUAUGGCAAAGCGCCCUUGGCAGCAAUCAAAUCAGAGAAGGACGACCUCGAGCACCUCCGCAGUUCCAUGCAUCGCGUGGGCAAGAAUCUCCCGAUCCAGUUUUUGAAGGCGUCCAAACACACGGACUUUGCGAAGCGCAUGGCCACCGAGACCGUUGUCCGCAUCGUCUCGGCCAACUUUGAGCUCGCACGGCGCCGCGCCUUUGGCAUGUGGCAGACAUUUACAGACGCCCACCGCACCCGCGAGCAUGCGUUCAAGCGCCAUCGUCUCGAGCAACUUGCAGGUCUGGCGCGCAUUUUGUUCUUGUUGCAGACAAACGUCGAGCGCCGCUCUCGAUACAUUCUAACCGCUUGGGCGACCGAAGCCAAAGCGCGGACGCGUGCCAUUCAUACCUUUCACGCGAUUCGAAUUCAGUGUGCGUGGCGGCAAGCCAUGGCGCGGCGGCUGCGCCACCGUCUCUACUGUGCCCAUUUGGCAGCCUGCCAGCGACACAGCGCUAUUCACUCGCAGCGAUUGGUGCGAGGAUUCCUCGCGCGGCGCGAGUUUCGUCGCCGUCAAGUCGCCAAACAAGAGUCCAUGGCAGCCUUGCAAAUCCAGCGUGCUUACCACAACCAAGUCCUCUACCGCGCGUAUCGACGCCAAAAACAGAGUCGCGCGGGUGCGCUGCUGCAGCGCGUGUACCGCGGCCAUCGUGGCCGCGUUAUCGCGCUUGGUCGUCGUGCUGCGCUCGCCCAGUGUGCCACCAGCUAUGUUGUCGAGCAGCUGCUUCCGACCGCCGGCGCCAACGCAUGCCGACGCAUCGUGAGUGCCCACUGCAUCCAGCGCUGUGUGCGGCACGCGACUGCACGCUCCAACUACACCUGUGCCUACCCGAAGCUGCAUGCGCGCCGCCGGUACUUUCCCACAUUUCGCAUCCAGCGCACGUGGCACGUCUUUCGGUCCACACAGCUUGCGACAGUCGUGCGCCGUCUCGUGCAGGGUCUCUGGGCGGUGCAAGGACGGCUAUCUUGCAAGUUCGCCUACCGAGAUGCCCGGCGCGUCGAACGAGCGCAACGCCGCGCGGCGAUCGCGAUCCAACGCAUGUGCCGUGGCCACCUCGCCCGACGGCGCGUGCAGCCGCUCAUUGACGCCCGGCUCAAUGCGCUCGUCCAGUCGCUUCCACCGGGCUUUGUCGUCUCGCCGACCAUACUGCGCGGCCGGGGGACGCAAGCGAUGGCGCAGCUCGAGCAACAAGUGCAGAAAUGGCGCGGGCGGAAUGCGGUGACGCUUCAGCGUGUCUACCGCGGCCACGUGGGCCGUCACGUGGCCAAGCGCGUACGAAUUGCGUGGUGCCACCUCCUUAGCGUGCUCAACUGCCCCGUCCACGCGUUUCUUCGACGUCAGCUCGGUCGUCGCGUCCGGGCCCGCUGGGCGCGCAAGCGACACGCGCGUUUUAACAAAGCCUUUUUAGCGUGGAAGGGCAUUGCCCGCGCGCUCCAGCACGUCCACUUGCUACGGUCGUCGGCGCGGCUUCGGCAACUCGCCAACUGGCAUUUUGAAAAAGUGCUGCGCAAGAAAACACUGCGGCGGUGGCAGAUUGGGCUUGUGCGGCAGCGCGAAAUGCGCUUCAAGAAGCGCGUUGCGCAGUCCCACGCGUCGCUCUCGCGACAGACCAAAGCCUUCCAGCGCUUGUACGACCACGGACUUGCGGCCAUUGUUCACGAAAGGGUCUCGAUGCUGCAGUACAAGGUGAUGUUUGUGCGCGCGUGGCGCCUCCAUACGAUUCAAAUGCGCCACAUACGGGCCAUGGAGGCGCGGUACCACGCUCGGCUAUCGACCGCCAUGCUGGACCAGUGGCGCACAGUGUACAUCUGGGAUCAUCUGGUGCAAGGCCUUGCGCGACGGCAGCGCGAGGCGUCGUCGCAACGCUCGCAUCUGCGCGCCCUGCUCACGUACGUCGCUCGGCAACAGGCAGUUGCGGCGCAAUGGCGCCGACGCGGGCAGCAGCGUGGCCUUUCGAAAUGGGUUACGGCGCGGGCGUGGACGCUAUUGACCAACGACCAAGUCGCGCGGGCCCAUCGAUUUCGCGCGCGCCACAUUGUGCGUCGGUGGCGGCAGCUCCGCAGCGUUCAAGAGACCGCUAUGGCGCUCCGCACCAAGGUCCAUGCGUUUGCCACUGUCCACGGACAGCGGCGCGCGCUCGUCAACUGGCUCGUGUACACAGACGAAGCCCGCGCGUACCACGUUUUGUAUACAAAAGCGCAGAGUCUCUUCAAGCGCACGCACGUUGCGAAAGCCUUUGCCGAGUGGUUUCAGCUCUGGGCCGAGACCGCCGGCGAGCGUCGCAUCUACUUUGCAAAGCUUGUGCAGCGUCUCUGGCGCGGCAAGCUCAGUCGGCGCCGCUUUACGCAAGCCCGCGCUUUAGAGGACUACAAGGUGGCGCGGCGCAUCGAGCUCGGCACUGACAUUCCGCAGUUGGAACCAGACGCGAUCCAGGCGCUGGUGACUCCGGCAUUGCGCAGCAAGGAGUGGGUGCUACUUCUCGCCUACUUGCCGUGGACAGCACCGUCGCCGCGCAUGUACAAUGCAUUUGCGACGGUCGCGACUUCGUACUAUAAGAACAAACGUAUUGCGUUUGGCUGCGUCGACGCCACGCAGCGGGACGCGUCAAAAAGCAUUGCAUCCAAGUACCAGCUCGAGGACGCGAUGCUACCGCGGCUGCUUGUGUUUUGGCAAGGGCGUGGACCCGACACGCCGGCGCAGCGCGAUCCUGCGCGGCGUAUCACGCGCCGAUUUACCGCCGUCCAACUGCACUACCCGCACCCGCUCUUGCAGACACAGGAGCUCCACGCAUGGGUACGACGUCUCUUGUCCACUAGCCGCGAAUGCACAGCGAUUGAUCUCCAAGCCGAUUGGCGCCGGUUCCUCGUGCGGCUUCGGCGCUACUACCGGCGUCAAAUCUGCCGCCGCGACGCGAUCGUCCGCGUCGUACUCUGGUUUGUUCAGCGUCGGCGGGCGCGCCGGCGCCGGAACGCCACCAAGCUCCAGCGUUGGUACCGUCGGCGAAAAGAGCAAAUCGCUGCGUAUGCGCGCGUCGUGGCGUCCAUGGCCGCGUACCGCAGGCCGAUCGUGGCGUUUCAGCGCACCCUUCGGCGGCAUUAUUGCCGACGCCAGUUUCGUCGCGCCAUGGAUGAAAAACAUGCCACCGUUGAUAAGUACCCCCACGCGCCGCUGUGCUUGACGUGCGAGUGCGCGGUUGGCGUGCUCAAGUGCAUCGACUGCAACGAGCCGUACUGCGAUGCAUGCUUUGGCGUGUACCACAGCAGCGGCCAUCGCGCCAGCCAUCGAAGUAAACUGAUCGACUUUAUCGCGAUGCACGCCAACGACCCAAUGUGUGCCGACUGCCUUGUCGACCGGCCGCAGCGAGUCUGCAAGAGCUGUAAAAAAGGUCUGUGCGGACAGUGCCACAACAAGACGCACACUAUCGCGUCGGGUGCGCAGACGCAUGUGUACACGCGGGCGCGUGUGCUCUUGAAGACAUUCGAGCGCGCCCACAAGACGACCGCCAAGACGAGUGCGGUGAUGCACCGCAAACUUGAGAAAAAGCGAGCAACGUUGCUUCUGACCGAGACAGCCCACGAGAUUAUGCUCUCGCAACACUGGAUGUCGUUCACUCAAAGAGAGGCGGCGCGUGUUGCGACCGAGGCGGCGACCAAAAAAGAAGCCGACCGCGCGGCUGCACUGGCGUAUGCGAUGGCGCAGUUGGAACAGCCUGUGCUCGACGCGUUCGAAAUCUACGACCCGGACCACGGAGGCUACGUCGGGGCCGGGGAGCUCGCUAUGCUUUUGCGCAACGAGCUCUGCAUUCCGCUGACCAAGAAGCAGCUUGCCAUGGGCAUGCGCGCCAUCGACCAAGACGGCAACGGCCGAUUCGAGUGGCGCGAAAUUUGCGCUUGGCUGGCGGAAAUCGCGGUCGACCACAAGCUCGACGGUCGUCUCGAUGCGCUUCGACGCAAGAAGCUUCACGUACAAAAAGACUAUCGCAAUCUGCAACGAAAAAUCCGAAAGUGGAAGACUUCGGUCUUUCCGGCGCGCAAAAAGCGCAUCCGCACGGUGCCCGGGUUUCCCGACGUACCGCAAUUGCACCCUCUCGACGACUUUCAAAGCAAAAAGGCCGUCUUCUAUCGCUUUCUUAGCGCGGAAUUCGGCAUGAAGUGGAUCCUCCAAGACGUCCACGAGAUCGACUUGGCCAAUCAAAUGGCGGUGUUUGCGUCAACGUUUGUGUUGCGCUGGAACCGCGGACAACUGAAUUUCGAGUACUACUACGACGGCGUGACGUUCGAACAUGACAAUACCAUUUGGAAGCAAGUGUGGCAAGAAACGGACCGCAAGUACACGUUUACCAAUGUGGCCGAUGGCAGCGAGCAUUUCGCCGAUCCGCGCAAAGUUGAAAUGCUCUUUGCUCAAGCACGCGAAGCGUUCGGGGAGGUCGAUACGGACGGAUCCGGCCAAAUUGACGUGCUCGAGCUCUACCAUUUACUCAACCACAACCUCUGUGAGCCCGUGACGAUGGAUCAAGCGCGUACGAUCAUGGAGAGCAUUGAUAAAGACGCAAGUGGCGCCAUUGAUUUCAACGAGUUUUACACUUGGUACGCCUCGGAAAACAGCCAGCAAUGCCCCAAAUCGAUGCAGCACCGCGGGCUCCGAACCGCGCUUCGCACGCGACGGCAUGCCAAGCGCAUCGUCACGACCAGCUACAAGAAAGGGCUCGCGACAAGCAAGUCGGUUGUUCAAUCCGUCCAGAACCGGAUCGAAGCGCAGCGUCUCGCCAAAGCAUGCGAGGGCGCCGACCCCGAAAUGGUCGAGCUCCUCAUUGAGGGAUUUGACAAACCCAUGGUUCAUAAAGCGCUCAUGCUGGCUCAAAACGACGUCAACAAGGCGCGGACGUGGCUCCGGCAGCGCAAGGAGGAGGCCGAGCUCGACGCCAAGCAGCGAAAAGAAGCGCGCCAGAAGCGACGCAAUGCCCAACUGCGGGGGCUGCAUGCAGCCCAUUCGACGGCCAAAGAGGGGCUCGUUGGUAUCGCCAAGGCCAUAAAAUUGCUCAUUUUUGGUGACAAACCCAACCACGACGACGAGGUGGCGAUGAUUCUGCGCGACUUGCAACUCGACGUCAACCGCGCGGAAGGCAUCGUGCGAGACACGAUCGAAAACAGUUAGCGCCCUUUCUCAGCGCCCAAGGCUAGGGUAUGGGGCUAUUGUAUAGGUCGUCAAACGAGGACAUAGUUGUUGGCGCCAUAAUCCAUGGGUUUCGACUGGAGUUUGGUCAGGU